AUGACGGAACGACAGGGGAAGGGAGGCACAAAGCUCACCCAGAAAGUAACUUCAAAAAUACCACCUGCACCCCUCACCUGCACCCCUCACCUGCACCCCUCACCUGCACCCCUCACCUGCACCCCUCACCUGCGCCCCUCACCUGCGCCCCUCACCUGCACCCCUCACCUGCACCCCUCACCUGCACCCCUCAGCUGCACCCCUCACCUGCACCCCUCACCUGCACCCCUCACCUGCACCCCUCACCUGCACCCCUCACCUGCGCCCCUCACCUGCGCCCCUCACCUGCGCCCCUCACCUGCGCCCCUCACCUGCGCCCCUCACCUGCACCCCUCACCUGCACCCCUCACCUGCACCCCUCACCUGCACCCCUCACCUGCACCCCUCACCUGCACCCCUCACCUGCACCCCUCACCUGCGCCCCUCACCUGCGCCCCUCACCUGCGCCCCUCACCUGCGCCCCUCACCUGCGCCCCUCACCUGCACCCCUCACCUGCACCCCUCACCUGCACCCCUCACCUGCACCCCUCACCUGCACCCCUCACCUGCACCCCUCACCUGCACCCCUCACCUGCACCCCUCACCUGCGCCCCUCACCUGCGCCCCUCACCUGCACCCCUCACCUGCACCCCUCACCUGCACCCCUCAGCUGCACCCCUCACCUGCACCCCUCACCUGCACCCCUCACCUGCACCCCUCACCUGCACCCCUCACCUGCACCCCUCACCUGCGCCCCUCACCUGCGCCCCUCACCUGCACCCCUCACCUGCACCCCUCACCUGCACCCCUCACCUGCACCCCUCACCUGCACCCCUCACCUGCACCCCUCACCUGCACCCCUCACCUGCACCCCUCACCUGCGCCCCUCACCUGCACCCCUCACCUGCACCCCUCACCUGCACCCCUCACCUGCACCCCUCACCUGCGCCCCUCACCUGCGCCCCUCACCUGCACCCCUCACCUGCACCCCUCACCUGCACCCCUCAGCUGCACCCCUCACCUGCACCCCUCACCUGCACCCCUCACCUGCACCCCUCACCUGCACCCCUCACCUGCACCCCUCACCUGCGCCCCUCACCUGCGCCCCUCACCUGCACCCCUCACCUGCACCCCUCACCUGCACCCCUCACCUGCACCCCUCACCUGCACCCCUCACCUGCACCCCUCACCUGCACCCCUCACCUGCACCCCUCACCUGCGCCCCUCACCUGCACCCCUCACCUGCACCCCUCACCUGCACCCCUCACCUGCACCCCUCACCUGCGCCCCUCACCUGCGCCCCUCACCUGCACCCCUCACCUGCACCCCUCACCUGCACCCCUCACCUGCACCCCUCACCUGCACCCGUCACCUGCACCCCUCACCUGCACCCCUCACCUGCACCCCUCACCUGCACCCCUCACCUGCGCCCCUCACCUGCACCCCUCACCUGCACCCCUCACCUGCACCCCUCACCUGCACCCCUCACCUGCACCCCUCACCUGCACGAGUGAGAUGACGUAG